AAAGACUAAGAAUGCUGCGAGUCGUACAUCUCGUCACAAAAAGAAAUACUGGCGAAAGGGGACUGAUGUGGGCGAUGUUGAGAGGCUGUUGCAUGGUAAAACGUCUGGAUCGGUAGCACACAAGAAGGAUGACGAACUUUUCGCUAUUGAUCGUACGCCAAAUGAACCUAAGCAGUAUACCAGGCGACAGCAAGCCGCUUUGGACAAAAUAUCUCGUAGUAUUAGUGAGGAGAAGCAAGCAUUACCUGCACCUAAAUUCCCGACGAAAAAGCAGCCAAAACUGAAGAAACAAGUGAAGCGGAACGAGGAGGUGAAGGCACCUCAACAAAAACAGACGUACGAUUUAUGGGAGAAAGGCAGGUGUAACCACGAUAAUUAUAAUUUUGCAAGUAAUAUUUCCUACGUAAAUUUAGAUUUUGUGCCAAAAGUUGAUAUCGAAUUCAAAGAAGCUGGAGAACAUCUACUGAGAUACACGAAGAAGAAGCUUCCGAAUAUGCCUUCUACAUGUCGAUUCAAACCUAGCUUACUGGAUGCCGUAGCGGUCCCUGAUGCAGGUGCAUCCUAUAAUCCAAAGGCUGACGAUUACCAGGUAUUUGGAUUAAUUUCAUUAAACCUUUUCAAUUUUAUUCGUGUUCAUCGGCGCAGGGUCGACUUAGGCAUAUUUAUACAACUCAUCUGGUCGGACCGACACGAAACUCCCCUGUGGAUCUUACGAAAAUUGUUUAUGGCUCAGCCUUGUUACCUUACUGAAACCGGCUUAGUACUCCGCGUAAACGCAGGCUAG